AUGGCCACCGCGACGAAAAGCCUAGACGAACCGAGCGCGACCAUGGCACCGAAGCUUUCGAUCGCCGCAGAAGAAGUCCGCGAAGUCGUCGAACUCGAGCAUGCGCUCACAUUUCGGGAGGCGCUGUCACUCUAUCCCAAGGCAAUAGGAUGGUCGUUCUACUUCAGCUUGGGUGUGAUCAUGUUAUCAUUCGAUCCCCAGCUUCUCGGCAACUUGUACGCAGUACCUGCUUUCCAAAAAGAUUUCGGCUAUGCUUUCGGGGACGGGUACAUCAUCUCCGCGGCAUGGCAGACGGGACUCGGAAUGGGCAACCCGAUUGGUCAGGUCGUCGGUGCGUUGGCUGCGGGUUAUCCGUUGGAAUGGUACGGGCGCAAGAGAACGUUUAAUGCAUGCGUCAUCGCUGUCGCGGGCCUGGUGUUUAUCCAGUUCUUCGCGCGCUCGCUUCAAGUUCUUCUUGCUGGAGAGCUUCUUGCUGGGCUGGUGCUGGGCACUUUUGUUGUCAUCGCACCUGUCUACGCAUCGGAAGUAUCCCCCUUGGCCAUGCGCAGUGUCUCGACCUCUUACGUCAAUCUUUGCUUCGUCACGGGCCAGUUGCUUGGAAACGGAGUUGCGGCUGCGACCCAGCAUCUUCAGUCCCACUGGGCGUAUUCAAUUCCGUUCGCGACGCAAUGGUUCUGGGUCUUGGUGAUUCUCCCGGGAAUGUUCUUUGCUCCGGAAAGUCCAUGGUGGCUGGUGCGUCAGAAUCGGCUCGAAGACGCCGAGAAGUCUCUUCGCCGGCUCACGAGCGCCAAGGUCAACGUCAAGGCUGUGCUCGCACAGAUCAUGGAAACGGAUAGACUGGAGAAUGAUAUGGAAGCGGGUAGUACCUAUGCCGACGUCUUCAAGAAGGUCAAUUGGCGCCGAACGGAGAUUGCGAUCGGGGUGUAUUCUACCCAGGUUCUAUGUGGUGUGUAUCUCAUCAACUACGGAACGUACUUCUUCACCCUCGCUGGUCUUGAGACCGCGCAAGCGUUCAACAUGGGCAUUGGGUUCAUGGCUAUCGGUUGGGUCAGUGUGCUGUUGUCAUGGUACUUGAUGCAGAAGUUCGGGAGAAGAACGCUGUUCGGUGUUGGCCUCACAAUUCUGACGGUUCUUAUGUUUCUUGUGGGUAUACUUGACCUCGUACCUACGACAGGAGCGACAUGGGCGAAGUCUUCACUGCUCUUGGUGUGGAAUUCUGUUUACAACUGGAGCGUCGGACCCGUGGCUUUUGCCAUCUUCUGCGAAGUCAGCGCGACAAGGGUACGCUCGAAGACUGUCGCCGUCGCAACCGCUGCUCAGGCUCUUGUCGGCAUUAUCAUGACCGUCGCAAUUCCGUACUUGAUCAACCCAGACGCAGCCAAUUUGGGUGGCAAGCUUGGGUUCUUCUUUGGUGGACUCAGCAUCCCGUGUCUGAUGUGGUGUUAUUUCCGUGUUCCUGAAAUGAAAGGCAGAACUUACGAAGAGUUGGAUCUCAUGUUUGAACGAAAGGUACCUACAAAAGCAUUUGGAAAGUAUGUCAUGGACUAG